AUGGUUAAAAUUGCUUGGGGAAGAUGGGCAUUUUGGAGUAGCAUCAUCGUUGGUUCUGGAUAUGGUUUGAUGGUUGGAUUGACACCAUCCGACGAGGAAUUAUAUAAUAAGCUCUCACCAGAUUUACAGAGGAGGGUCGAUCAACAACGUAAACAAAGGUUACAGUUAGAAAAACAAGGAGAUUUAGAGAAAGCAAAUGCAUUACCAACAAAUAAAAUUGUAUAA